AUGAAGACAGACACCAAAUCGUGUUACUUACUUUACCUAUUAUUUUCUAGUACAAUGGACAAAUUCAUAUAUUACCGUCUAAUUGGAUAUCUGGUGACGCUGUGUACCCAUCUCACGAACCUGGCCGUGGUGACGUCACGGCUCCAACAAAAACUACCCUCAAAUCCGGAACUCACCAUAUUCCUGAACCUGCAGUAUAGAUACCUCACGAUAUGGACAACGGUCUUUCAGGUGAUUUACGCCAUUAUGGGACUAGUUUGUGAUACCCUCAUUAUAAUUGGGAAGAAAUCGCCUACGAUCACAACUAUUAGAGAUGCUAGCUACAAAUAUUUCUCAGCAAUUGUGUUACCAUUCGCUGUGCUCGUGUUUACACUCUUCUGGCCUAUAUAUUUCUAUGACAAGCCACUGGUAUUUCCACCCAAAAGCAACAUGGUAAUAUGCCCUACAUCCAACAUUGUGUUCCAUGCAUUUAUACUACCCGUUGUUGUAUGGGAGUUGGUGUUUCAGCCGAAGAAAAUUUAUGUAUCACACACACACAGCUGUGUUUACAUAUUACUUAUGUAUGUGAUAUAUAAUACUUCGUUGUUUUACACUCGCUAUGGAGAUUAUGGGGUCUGGCCGUACCUUAUACUCAAAGUUCUGGAAGGUACCAUAUUUUUUCCCUUAUUCUUCAUUUUCAUAUUAUUCGUACUCUAUACGAGUUACUUCACUCAAUCUCAUCUCAAAUCUAAAGUUUGGGAGUACAGAGAGAAGAUUUAUAUAAAGGAACACUAA